CAGUUUGGCCAGUACGUACCAAGCAAGUGGUUCACUUUAGCUUGUGUUGGUUAGCAGGUGUAGUUUGCUACUAGCUAGGCUAGCUUUAGACACUGCCAACACAUCAGUGGCUAUGGCUUUGGGUUUUUUCUUUGGUGUGGCCUUGCUGCUGUCUGUGUGGUCAACUGCAAAAUGUCAAAUUCCCAAUGAAGUUCUUAACAUGGAGUGUCGUGAUCGCUUCUUCAUGAUAGCUGUUGAUCUCUCGUUCGCUGGGAAUGAACCUCACUUUGAGGCUGUUGAUAAGACGGGUGUAUACCCAAUCAGUGAGCAGUAUGCAGCAACAUGUGGCUACAGCGUCAGCAUUGUCCCUUUAUCAGGCCAUGUGGAGCUCCGAGCCUCUUACUUCAGCUGUCACACUGACAACAAAGAUGAUGAAAUCUUCACUUUUAAGUUCAACCUCAUUGCAACGCAUGAAGGAGAGAAGGCCGCCUAUGCUUUAAACAAGACCUGUUCUCCCAAACUCCCCUGGGCUCCCAGAGAGGUUACCUGUGAUGUUAGCUACAUGGAAGUGUAUGUGAGGAAUGAAGUCACCUGUCCAUCUGGGAACGAGGACCAGAAUGCUUCUCUAAAACCUGCUUCAGCCACUUCAGACUGCACCUCAUCACCUCAUGGAUUUGAGUAUAAAGGACAAAAGAGAAGCACAGAGUUUGACAUCUGGCCAGGAUAUAUCAAGCAAUUAGUUCACUUUAGUGUGUUGGUUAGUAGGUGUAGUUUGCUAGCAGUUAGGCUAGCUUUAGACACUGCCAACACAUCAGUGGCUAUGGCUUUAGGGUUUUUCCUUGGAGUGGCCUUAUUUUUCCUGUCUGUGCGGUCUGUUGUAAAAUGCGCUGCCAUUCCCGAUGGAGUUCUUCACAUGGAGUGUCAUGAUCGUUAUUUCAUGAUAACUGUUGAUCUUUCCUUCACUGGGGAGGACCCUCGCUUUGAGGCCAUAGCUGGGACAGGUGUUUACCCAAUCAGUGAGCAGUAUGCAGCGACAUGUGGCUACAGUGUCUGCCUUCUCCCUCUACAAGACCAUGUAGCGCUCAGAGCCUCUUACUUCAGCUGUCACACUGACUAUAAAGAUGACAAAAUGUUCACAUUUAAAUUCAACCUGAUUGCGACACAUGAAGGAGAAAAAGUCACCUAUGCUCUGAGCAAGACCUGUUCUCCCACACUCCCCUGGUCUCCCAGAGAGGUUACCUGUGAGGUUAACUACAUGGAAGUGUCUGUGAGGAGUGAAGGCAGCUGUCCAUCUAGUGCAAUGAAGGAUGACUGGAAUGGCCUCAGACCUGCACAUAGCUCCACCACUUCAGACUGGCAGGUGACAUUUCAGAGAGCGGAGGAGCCGUUACCGCCAAUGAACCUCUCUGAAGCCCAUAAACAGGGUUAUGCAUUUGACUUGACAGAUGGAAGGCUUGUAUUUCGCACACCAUACGGACAACCUGACUCGCUCAGAACUACGGUGAAUGGUGUUCCAGUAGAGGUGGUCUAUGCAACUCUGUUCUCCAGACAAAGCUGGGUUGUCCUCAUGGUCGACCUGGUGGCUGCUUGCUCCAUGCAUGAAGGAUCAUACGAUGACAGUGGCUACAUGUUGUGGCAGACUCCUGGGGUGCUGUACCCCAGUCUUGACCGCCCACAGCUCAGCAUUGGAGUCAAUGGUGAACUUGUGGAGCAGCCAGUUGCAGAGGAGAGAGGCUACAUUGUGGAGAAGCACAACACCACAGUCCAGAUUAAAAUCCCUUAUAAUGCUGAAGGAGGAUACAGAAAGAGCAUCGUGUCUGGCAAUCUCAACGAGUAUUAUGUCUUUCAUCUGUACUUGGAACAAAUGAUGGUGGAUGAGGAUAAUUUAGAGACCAGGAUCCGCCUUUACAGGACGCUGGCCACUCCCCUGAUGCCACACCCAAUCUUCACUGAGAACCAAACUCUUCUUGAGGAUCGCACGUUCACGGUCUACCUCGAAGAUGUCCCUGAGGAUGUUGAGUUGACAGAUGUUCAUCUGAAUGGACAUAAAUACACACUGCCAUUUAAUAAUACCAGCAGCCAAACCAUCACAAAGGUUGUUCAUCCAAACAACACUUGUGGCUACACUCUGAAGGUGCCUUUUGAUGACCCUAUCAUUGUACAAGAGUUCUCUAAAGAACAAGCGGUUCUUCAGUAUAAGCUGGACAUCAACUACACAAUGACAAUUUUGCCUGAAAAUGAGCCUUAUUACCACCUGGAAUCUGUUGAGGCAUUGUUCACAGAUGUGUCUCCUCCGACCUUUGACGCUGUCUGUUUGGAGUCUGGGAUCCGCUUCAAACUGGACCACCGGCCUUUUGACUACAUGUGGGACAUCGGUGUCGGUUCAGACCUGCUGACAUCAGAGCUGGCCACCCAGCACGGCUACAUCCUGAGCAACGAUAGCCAGAGUCUGCUGCUCGACGUGCCGCUCUUUACUCAUGGCUACGAGUACAAGAUCGGAGGUCCAGAGCUCCACUGUCAAGACUUGUCCCUUCACUGCAACUGAAGUCAUUCUGUGUUCGACUGACGGGAGGAUGACCGUGGUGGCUGACUUGUCUCUGGCCAUCCCAAGUGGAGGAGUUCCUGCUAGAACCAACCUCGUAGACGAAUACUGUGGACCCAAAGAGGCAGACGACACCAAGGCUCUCUUCUCUUUUCCACUCAACGGCUGUGGAUCCACAGUCAAGAUUGACAGGCAAAAUGUGACCUAUCAAAAUGAGAUUUUCUUCAGCACGAAGUACCUUGAUGUGAACGGAACAGUAUCUUUCACUACUGAGAGGGUGAAAGUACAGUGCACAUAUUCUCUGGUGAGUCUCCAUCGCCUCUUCUCUCUGUACAAGUUUGAGUCUGACAAAGUUGGCGUCGGUCGCAUCAUCCACACUGUGCCGCCCACAGCAGCUUGGAGUCCCACCAUCAAGCCAACAACAGCACUUAAAACCACACCUGCUGCCAAAGGCCCAACUGGAGUACUUGCUGCAUACCUGCCUGCUGCCAACCCACCAGCUCGCUACAUUAAAGUUUCUAGGGUUAAACAUUUUCUUAGUGGCGUCAGAAAAGGAGGAUCCUCCCAAACUAAAAUAGAUGCUGCCAAAAUUGGAAGGACAUCUAAUUUUAAAUGGAAAAUAUUGAAUAAAGCUUUGUUUUUGUAAAGA